GAAGGAACAAGGGGAUGCUUCUGAUACCCCGUCGUUUUUGGAAAGGAUUGCAACUUUCGAACCGAUUAGCGGCUGCCAAAUUCCGGGGUCGGGAGUUGCGGGAUCCUUCCGCCUGCGCCGGGGCCGAUAAACCCUCCCGGAACUCUUUGGCGAGUUCAGAACCUAAGAAGCACCGCACGUCAAAUCUCAAAUUCGACCUUCCCCACACCUUUUCCCCGGACUUCAGACUGGACACUGCCGAAAAACGAGACAAGGCAGCAUACUCAGUGAGACAUUCUCCAUCUUCCAAAAUCCUCACUGCGCAGCCGAAAGCUGGGAGUUUGGAGUUUUUCUUUUCGGUCCAAAAGAAGAGACAACCCUCACACAAUCCCACAAUGGGUAACUCAGCCCCAAUCAUCACCUCAAAGCAGUCUCUUAUCCUAGACUUGCCCCCAAGUUGCAUAGAGUUUUGCUCGUCACACCCGUCCUAUUUCGUGGUCGGCACCUACAACUUGGUCAAGGAAGAGGAGACAACAACCGAGUUGUCAGAAAACGCAGAUGUUGCUGUUCUCAAGAAACCUCAGAACCGGAACGGUAGCUUGAUUGUGUACCAGCUCGUAGACGGUCUUGUGCAACAAGUGCAAACACUCUUGCAUCCUGCAGCGAUUCUUGACCUGCACUUCUGCCCAUCAGCAGGGCGGCAGGACAUCCUGGCUGUGGUCUCGAGCACAGGAACACUUUCCAUCUUUAGGUUGAAUCCCGUAGCCGAUGCUUCAGAGCCAUUGAAGCAUUUGGCAACGAGCAGAAUCUCCGAUGUCCCUGAAGGGGUUCUGUUCCUCUCUGGGGUCUGGGACCCCAACAACGCUGCCUCUAUUGCGCUGACAACCUCGUCUGGUGAGGUGCGCAUUAUGAGACUCGGCGAUUCAUGGGAGAUCAUAGACGAAGAGGACUCGGAGGCUAUCAUCACGCAUUCUCUCGAGGCCUGGACUGUGGCUUUCUCGCCACCCGAUCAAGCCACGCCUUUCAUCCUCUACUCGGGAGGAGACGACUCGGCGUUGCGAUACACGUCGUGUUCUCGCAACGAAGAUGCCGGUAUCGAGGCUCUGUAUACGCCCCUUAACGUCCCCGGCCAUGGUGCUGGCGUGACGGCUAUCCUUCCGAUACCACUCACUCUCGCAGACAACUCGCGACUACUAGUCACUGGCAGUUAUGACGACACAAUAAGAGUAUUCUCCGUACAACCGCCGCACGAGACAUAUGGUAUGCGGAAGGUCAAAUGUCUGGCAGAGGAAAAUCUAGGAGGGGGAGUGUGGAGGCUCAAGUUGAUCGACAUGACGAGCACUGCGGAUCGAUGCCGCCUGCGCGUUCUAGCAUCAUGCAUGCAUGCGGGAGCCAGAGUUGUCGAACUCGAAGGUCCGCUGAGUGGCGAAGCCUGGGCUGUUACUGCCCUGGCCCAGUUCGAGGAACAUAAGAGCAUGAAUUACGGCAGCGACUUUGUACCUGCGCCGGGAAGCAAUCGUCUUGAGUGUGUGUCGACGAGCUUCUAUGAUAAGCUCUUGUGCCUGUGGGAGGUAGAACUGGCCUAGGAGAUGAUGGGAGGAAGCAAAACAUGACAGAAGUCAUCACGACAAUGGAAGAAAUCAACACAAUUACAUUGUUUCGCUCGAGACCAAUGGGAUAGAGAGGCAGAUGACAGAGAAACAUGGGCAGGCUAGCCAUGGUGUCUUGUCUUUCCCCCAGAGCCACUCGCUGGCUCUAUGUACGUCUGAAAGGAUAGGGCCAUCAAGGUUGUGAUUAAAGUCAAGUACCUUAGACAAGAGGGAUUGCUGAGUUACGGAGAGAGCUUAACCAUAGUUUCCUUGCAUACAUAAUCAGGCUGAUGUGAUUUCUGACGAGGCAGUUCCAUCGUUGUGGGAAAUCGGGCAAAUCAAAAACAGAUGCUGCAUCUUGCGUCAAGGGGUAGUCUAUUGGAUAAUCUCUAUUUUUGUGAGAAACGUGGGGAGGUGUAGGUAUU